AUGAAUGAUAUAGAAAAUUAUUAUGAACAUUUACCAAAUCCCUAUUGUUUUUGUUUUUCUAAUGAUAAUAUUCAGGUGCAAGAAUUAAGUUCACCGCCACAUGCAUCUGGUGUUGUUAAAGAUUGUGUUAUAAAUUGUAUUCAUCAUACAUACAAUUGUUUAUUUGCGAAUUGUGAUGAAGUUUAUAAAAGAGAAUCAAAACAACAAAUAAAUACAACAACAACAUCAAUGAUAGAUAAUAAUAAUGAACUAAAUGAAGAUGGAAUACAAACAUUAUCUACAACAACAAAUGUUAUCGGUCCUAGUCUUAAAAGUUUACAAUUUUGGCAUCAACUAAUGUAUUUAUUAACAUGUAUUAUAUCUAAAGAUAGAGAACGAUAUAGUUUGGUACUUAAUCAAUUUCCAUCGGAACUCAAUGUAGGUCACAUUAGUGCAGAUACUUUAUGGAAGCUUUUAUCAGUUGAUCUUAAAGAUCAUCUUGAAGUAUAUCGUGAGUAA